GUGGAGUUAGAUUCCUUAUAUAAUUAGUACAAUUAAUAUUCAUAUAAAUUUUCAACCUUGGAUUCUUCAGAAUUUAUGUAUUGGCUGUAUAUUGAUUUAAGUAUCAUUUCUAUAAACCUUCUUACAUUUAACUCAGUUUUUGGUAAAAGUUAUGAAGAAAUUCUAGCGAAUCAUUUAAUCAAUCAACCUAAUUUAUGGUUGCAACCAUCUGCAUGUCCUCAUAUUUGUCAGAAGCCCCUUCUUGUUAAUCUAACAUAUAAUCUUAUACAAGUAGUAAAGUUGUCGCAUUCAGAUGAAACACUUAUAAUAUCUGGAUGGUUUACAAUAAGGUGGAUGGAUUAUCGUCUGAAGUGGAAACCACGAGAUUUUGGCGAUUUACAAAAUAUACUGAUUUUUAAGAGUAAACAAUUAUGGAGACCUGAUUUAGCAUUUGGAAACCGUAAAAAGAACGGGCUGUUUGAUUUGGCUUCGGGCAAUAAUGCAUCGCGUUUGAUGGUUGAGUCCGAUGGUUACGUAACAUGGUUACAUGGUUCAGUUUUAGAACUAUCUUGCCCUCUUGAUAUGACUAAAUUACCAUUUGACAGACAAAAAUGCUAUCUGGUUUUGACUACACUAUAUAGUACAAUCAAACAAUUAGAAAUCAAUCUAAAAAUCGAUCAUUUAAGUAUUGAUAACAGUUUUAUGCCCAACGCUAAUCAUAGUGAAUGGAUAAUUGAGGAAAUUGGUUAUCAUUCUUCUGUAUACUUGAGGCAAACUAACUCAAAAUAUCAAUAUUUGGUCAUAUCUAUUAAACUGAAACAUGAACCUUUGUACUUUGUUACAUUUGUUGUCGCACCAUUCACAUUGAUUUCAACGUUAACAUGUUCAAUAUUUACAUUGAGUUAUCCAAGUGAUCGGUUAGCUACUGCAUUAUCAUUAUUCUUUGGUGCAACUGUAUAUGUUAUUACUGUGUCAUCAAACACACCUCGAUCUGUGAGCCAGAUACCACUUUUAGGAAUUUAUAUAUUGAAUCAGCUAGGUUUCAUGGGUUUGGCGACUAUCGUUGCUGUUGUGAAUAAUCAUUUUGCUCAAUGGAACAGUCGUCUAGUAUGCUUCGUGAGACCUUUUAAAAAGGAAUAUUCAACAAAAAAGCAGAAGAUCAAGCUUUGCGAAGAGUCUUCGAUUAAAAAAUCAAUCUUCUGUAAGCUUUGUGAUCGUAAUAAUUGUCGUCGUCAAUAUCGACAACAACUAAUUUACUAUCCUCCUACGGAUUAUCAUGAAAAUUUGGCGUCACAAUAUGAUACUGAUUUUUCACUGACCAGUAGUAUAAAAGGAUAUGAUCAUUACUAUUUGACAUCCUUGAUAGAUUUAUUAAGUAUACUGAUCUACCUAACAUUGUCCACAUGGAACUGGAUUUAUUGUUUUUAUGUAUUGCCUAAUUAAUAAAUAUUUUCAUUAUACAAUGCAUCUUACUUGACAUCUGUAUACAGUUUACUGUUAAAUUAACUGUUCAUUUAAUGUUAUAAUUGUUUGUGUUGCAUGUUUAAAGGUAAUAUUAUACGUAGCUUUACAAUGAGGUUUUGUACUUGUCAAUUUUCAUCCCCAAUCAUAUAUUUCUUUGACGUGAUUAGUUUCUCCUAAUUUGAUUUAACAUUUUUCAGUAAAUCUUCACUUCACUUUACUUAGUUGACAAAUAUAUAUUCUUAGAAAUAAAUAAUUAUGCUUUUCGUAAAUUCAAAUAUUCAGAUCUGUUAUUCUUUAAUUAU